AACAAAAACAGUCACAUAAUCCAAAAAUUAAAAUUCAUCCAUCCCUAAUUCUAAGAAAUUUAGCUAUGCAUAAUUAUGUUCUCAACAGCAGCCAUAAUUCGGUAAUCCCAGCAGACAAUCAUGAUAAAAAAUUCAAGUUAAGAAUCAACAACACCCGUACAAUGAAGAACGAGCCAAACUUGUGCUGCUGUCCCUCCCUAACAAAGCUGGCGGAGAAGAACAGAGGCUGUCGGCGGCGUUGGCUCUUUCACGAACAGAUCUGGGUGGGCGUCCUCCCUUCUGUGCAGAACAGAUUUUUGGGGCUUCUUCUCCUUGUGCAGAUGCCAGCUGAUUGGGUAUUGGGUGUCCUCUUCUUCUGGGUGUGAACAGCAGAUGCGGGUGGCUGUGUGCUGGGAUUUGAGCGGCUGCGUGCUCGGGACCUCUCUUUCUUGUUCUCUUUUUCUGCUGAGCAGCAUGUAUAUAUAUAUAAUAUUAAAACCCUUAUUUCAUU